UCCUACAGCGACUCACCGCUCCUCCCAUCUCUUCCAGUGGUUUGCUCCUCUCUCCAGCUGAUCGGCCCAGCGUCCCCAGUGGCUCUGUCCGUCGUCGGCUUUGACGGGCCCUGACACCCACUGAGACUGGAUUAAUUUUACGUGUUCACAAGCCGCUCGUGUCGGCAGAGCUACUCAUUUUCGGCUGAAACUCUUAAUAAUUACUUCGACCCAAGUAGGGAGUUUUAAAGCCGGGGCUAGCUGAGCGCAAACAGGAGGCCUUCACUCCAUCCACGGAUUCACCUGCUACGCGACAGCUUGUCACGGAGGUCCGAUAUGGGGGACACCGGGAGCGAGGGUAGCAAGGGUCCAAGCAACGUCAACGUUUUACCCCCGCGCUGCCCGUGCGGGUUCUGGGGGUCGAGCAAAACUAAGAAUCUCUGCUCUAAAUGUUUCGCAGACACUGAGAAGAAACAGCCAAACGAAGAUUGUGCCCCAAAGACCUCCUCAAGCACCAGCAGCAGUCAAACGGACAUCUUCUGUACUGAAACAAACAGCAUUAGUCAGUCCCUGAUGUCAAGAUCCAACAUUUCAGAAGAACCUUCGCCAGGAGAGACUGGAGUGGCAUCUGUUCAUAUUCAGAAUGGACUAUCCAACACAGAUACUGUCUUGGCUUCACUUUCCACCCCCACAAAGCGCUCAUACGAAUCUGCCUCAGAGUCAGAAAGUGACUCUUCACCAGAGAAGCGAGCAAGGGUGGCUGAGGUCCCAGAGGGUGAGGAGUGUUCAUCGUCGUCAUCAUCAUUGUCAUCUUCGCCAUUUUCUUCUCGCAGCGGCUCUAAACAGCGGAGCCGCAAACGUUGCCAUCGCUGCCAAACUAAACUGGAGCUGGUACAGCAGGAACUGGGCUCCUGUCGCUGUGGCUUCGUCUUCUGCAUGCUCCACCGUCUUCCUGAGCAACACGAUUGUCUCUUUGACCACCAGGGGCGCGGCCGUCAGGAGGCUGUGCUCAAGAUGGUCAAGCUGGACCGUAAAGUGGGCCGCUCAUGCCAGCGCAUCGGGGAGGAGUGUUCAUGAGCA